AUGGACGGACUAAUGAAGAAAUAUGGCAUCAUGCAUAAAGUGGCCACGGCCUACCACCCACAAACGAACGGCCAAGCCGAGGUUUCCAAUCAGGAGAUUAAACGCAUCUUGGAAAGGAUUGUGAAACCCAAUAGGACAGAUUGGAGUGCCAAGCUCACCGAUGCAUUACGGGCCUACCGAACGGCAUACAAAAUGCCAAUUGGCAUGAGUCCCUUUCGGUUGGUGUACGACAAAGCUUGCCACUUACCGGUGGAAAUAGAGCACAAGGCGUAUUGGGCCAUCAAGGAGUGUAACCCGAGUUUGGGUGGAGCCGGAAUUGAAAGGAAGCUUCAACUGGCGGAGUUGGAAUGUUUGAGGCUUUAA